AUGCAGCCGAGCUGGGGACCAGGGCUGCUCAUCCUGGGAGCAGCGGUCCUCAUCGAGGGUCUUCAAGCAGCUCAGCACGUAUGUGGGCAGCGUGGCCCUGGCCCCCCUGAGCCUCAGGAGGGCAUCACAGUACCUGGCGAGUGGCCAUGGCAAGCGAGUGUGAGGAGGCAGGGGGUCCACAUCUGCAGUGGAUCCCUGGUGGCGGACACCUGGGUCCUCACUGCUGCUCAUUGCUUUGAAAAGGCAGCAAUGACAGGACUGAACUCCUGGUCAGUUGUCCUGGGUUCUCUGCAACAAGAGGGGCUGAGCCCAGGGGCCGAGGAGGUGGGGGUGACGGCUCUGCAGCUGCCAAGGGCCUAUAACCACUACAGCCAGGGCUCAGACCUGGCCCUGCUACGACUUGCCCACCCCGUGGCCCACGCACCCCUCUGCUUGCCCCAACCUACCCAUCGCUUUCCUUUUGGGACCUCCUGCUGGGCCACUGGCUGGGAUCAGGACACCAAUGGUGCUCCCAGGACUCUGCGGAAUCUGCGCCUGCGUCUAAUCAGCCGCCCCACAUGUAACUGCCUCUACGACCGGCUGCACCAGCGGCUGCUGGCUAGCCCAGCUCGGCCGGGGAUGCUGUGUGGGGGCGCCCAGCCUGGGGUGCAGGGGCCCUGUCAGGGGGAUUCUGGGGGCCCCGUGCUGUGCCGUGAGCCUGACGGACACUGGGUUCAGGCUGGGAUCAUCAGCUUUGCAUCAAGCUGUGCCCAAGAAGACACCCCUGUGCUGCUGACCAGCAUGGCUGCUCACAGCUCCUGGCUGCAGGCUCGAGCUCAGGGGGCGGCCUUCCUGUCCCAGAACCCGGGGACCCCGGAGAUCAGUGACGAGGACAGCUGUGUAGCCUGUGGAUCCUUGAGGAGAGAAGGUCCCCAGGCAGGAGCCCCCUCCCCAUGGCCCUGGGAUGCCAGGCUGAAGCACCAGGGGAAGCUGGCCUGUGGUGGAGCCCUGGUGUCAGAGGAGGUCGUGCUGACUGCUGCCCACUGCUUCAUCGGGCGCCAGACCCCAGAGGAAUGGAGCAUUGGGCUGGGGGCCGGACCAGAGGAGCGGGGCCUGAAGCAAAUCGUCCUGCAUGGGGCUUACACCCACCCAGAGGGGGGCUACGAUGUGGCCCUCCUGUUGCUGGCCCAACCCGUGACACUAGGCCCCAGCCUUCGGCCGCUCUGCCUGCCCUAUUCUGACCACCAUCUGCCCGAUGGGGAACGUGGCUGGGUCCUGGGGCUGCCCCGUCAAGGAGCAGGCGCCAGUUCCCCUCAGACAGUGCCUGUGACCCUCUUGGGACCCAGGGCCUGCAGCCGGCUGCAUGCAACUCUUGGGAGCGACAGCGUCCCCAUUCUGCCAGGGAUGGUGUGUUCCAGUGUUGUGGGUGAGCCGCCCCACUGUGAGGGCCUGUCCGGGGCACCCCUGGUGCACGAGGUGAGGGGCACAUGGUUCCUGGCUGGGCUACACAGCUUUGGAGAUGCCUGCCAAGGCCCCGCAAGGCCUGCGGUCUUCGUGGCGCUCCCUGCCUAUGAGAACUGGGUCAGCAGUUUGGACUGGCGGGUCUAUUUUGCUGAGGAGCCGGAGCCCGAGACCGAGCCCGGAAGCUGCUCCGCCAACACGAGUAUGUGGCCCUAG